UCGGGGGCUUCUUGCUCUCUGACAGGCCCCUCGGUAUUCUCAGGCCUCUCCUGUUGUUAUCGGUUUUGCAACAGUCCCAUGAUUCGACCAGUUCUAUUCUGUCUCUGUGUACAUACUAUCCAUGGAGAACGUUUGCCUGUUGACGAGGUUGAGUUGGAGGAGGCUCCAGAUCUGAAGCGCACUCCACAGGGCCUGCUUCAGACUGGAGCUGGUGAAGCGCGCCAGACCUCCAGGCAUCGUCGAUCAACUAGGCGCUUGGACCAACACUUGAAGUCUGUGCGCACGCGCCGACAUCGCUCCAAACGCAGCUUUCACCAGCAGUCAUCGAACAAGUCCAGCGCCGCCGAUCUAGCGAGUUCUCAGAUAUUAGCUUCUCAACAUUCGGUUGCAGAGCGCUUCAGUGUCUUGGAUCUCACUUCGCAGGCCACUCAAAAGGCCACCAUGCAGCGGCUCUUUGGGCGACACCUCUCAGAGGUUGAGCACAUUAGCCAUGUCAGAGCAAUUGCAAAGUCUAACGGUAGUCAUGGAUGGGAUUUGGUCACUCCCGCAGAUGGUGUCGAAGCUGACUUGACGCCUGCGGAGAAGAACGUCGGGCCUAGGUAUGUGAAGCUGACAGAGGAUCAGCGAAAUCAGAUCAAACUCUUAGAGCAGGAGCUUGAUAACGAGCAGCAUCCAAAUGACACCGGCCUACUAGCCCCUUUGGCAGAGCAGCCGAUGCUGAUGGCGAUGGCUGGUGGGAUUGGUGCUUCAGUGGGAAACACGGGCAGCAUCAACUUUGACCGGGACCUGAUUCAUCGAAUGAAGAUGCAGGACUUGGUGGUGAUGUGUUUGCUUAUGUUUGUUUACUUUGCCACUCUAUCCUUCAGUGCGUGUCUUGCCCACAGACAGGCCGCCAAUCGCUCGCGCGUGAAAUUCUAUGCCGAUCCGAGGAUGUACAUCAACACAGCUGAUCAAGGCGGAGAGGAAGCUUUCCUUGAGGCGUUUAACCAACAGCCAAAGCAGGUUCAAUUGAGAGUGACUGGUUAUCUGCCAGUCGCGAACAAUUUUCCUGGCUCCUUCUUCUGGAGAGAUGGCCUCUAUGCAGUCGCUUUUUCCUUUGCCCUGGACUUGACGUGGAGCGCUGAGACAUGGCUGAGCUGCAGGAUGAGUGAUUUGCCGAUGUCGCCUGCAGAAUUUGUGGAUACACAGCAAGGACAUGUGAAGUAG